AAUGCAUGUCAUAUUCAUUCAACAACGUUUAUUAAAAAACCUCCAAGUGUUUGUGAAAUCUCCCACCACAAAAUGUACUCAGCCAAUGAAAGGUAAUGACUCCAUUUUUAUUCUUCUGCCAUCAAUGGCCAACCCGGUCCCACACUUCAUCCAUGUCUUUGGGGACCUCUGAUCUCCUUAUGAACUGUUUCUUCCAUGAUGAAGAUCAGCCAUGGAGUAUAUCUGAGGUGUAUAUCAGGGUGUGCUUCUUCCCCA